GGCGCGGCGGGAGGAUGCCGAAGCCGACGCUGCUGCUGCGCGGGGGCUGGGAGCGCGAGCGCAGCCCCGGGGACUCGGAGCUGGGCCGCCAGUUCCGGGACUGGUGCCUGCGCACCUACGGCGACUCGGCCAAAACCAAGACGGUGACACGCAGCAAAUACCAGCGGAUCGCCGAGGUCCUGCAGGGCGGCGGCGGGACCGGCGCAGGCAGCGGCCCCGCGGCCGGCGAGAAAGGCAAGUUCCAGUUCUGGGUGCGCUCCAAGGGCUUCCGCCUGGGCAGCGGCCGGGAACCCAAGAUGGGCCAAGUGGUGUAUGUGCCGGUCAAGACGGGCUCGGGGGCAGAUGGCCUGUCGGAGCCGGAGGGCAUCUCUCUGAAGCGGGUCGCUGUGGUGGAAGAUUUCUUUGACAUCAUCUACUCGAUGCAUGUGGAGAGCUCGGCGGAGCCAGGCAAAGCCCCCAAGCACGCUGGGCAGAAGAAAACCUACCGCGCGAUCGCAGAGACCUAUGCCUUCCUCCCCCGGGAGGCCGUGACCCGCUUCCUGAUGAGCUGCACGGAGUGUCAGAAGAGGAUGCACUUUAAUUCCAACGGCCUGGAGCCCAAAGAAAACGAGCCUCCAUCUCCUCUGGUCUCCGGGAUCAUUGAUUAUAACAUGCCCCUCACCUCCACGUACCUGAAGCAGAUGAAAUUGCGCGUGAUGAAUUCCCAGGAGCAGGAUGAGACUUCAGUGAGCAGUGAAGAUUUUGAUAUGAACGAUUCCACAUGGAUGUCAGCUGACCCACACCUGGCCUCCAGCCUGAGUCCCAGUCAGGACACGAGGAUGCGGAGCCCACAGAACCUCCACAGCCAAGAGGAUGAUGACUCCUCUUCUGAAAGUGGCAGCGGCAAUGGCUCAUCCACCCUGAACCCGUCCACAUCGAGCAGCACGCAGGGUGACCCCGCCUUCCCCGAAAUGAAUGGCAACGGAGCCGUGGCCCCCAUGGACUUCACUGCCACCGCCGAGGACCAGCCCAUCAACCUGUGUGACAAGCUGCCCCCGAGCACAGCCCUCGGCACACCCUCCUACCCCUCUGACAGCUGCAGCGCUGAUGGGCUGCGGAGUCGUGUCAAGUACGGGGUGAAGACCACUCCCGAGUCACCCCCCUACAGCUCUGGAAGCUACGAUUCCAUCAAGACGGAGGUCAGCGGCUGCCCUGAGGACCUGACCGUGGGCAGGGUGCCCACCGCGGAUGAGGACGACGAUGACCAUGAUGACCACGAGGACAAUGACAAGAUAAACGACUCGGAGGGCAUGGACCCCGAGCGCCUCAAGGCCUUCAACAUGUUCGUGCGUCUCUUUGUGGACGAGAACCUGGACCGCAUGGUGCCCAUCUCCAAGCAGCCCAAGGAGAAGAUCCAGGCCAUCAUCGAGUCGUGCAGCCGGCAGUUUCCCGAGUUCCAGGAGCGAGCCCGCAAGCGCAUCCGCACGUACCUCAAGUCCUGCCGGCGCAUGAAGAAGAACGGCAUGGAGAUGACCAGACCCACUCCUCCCCACCUGACCUCUGCCAUGGCUGAGAACAUCCUGGCCGCUGCCUGUGAGAGCGAGACAAGGAAAGCAGCUAAAAGGAUGCGCCUGGAGAUCUACCAGUCCUCGCAGGACGAGCCCAUAGCCUUGGACAAGCAGCACUCCCGGGACUCCGCAGCCAUCACCCACUCCACGUACUCACUGCCACCCUCCUCCUACUCCCAGGACCCCGUGUACGUCAACGGCGGCCUCAACUACAGUUACCGCAGUUACGGGGCCUUGGGCAGCAACCUGCAGCCCUCUGCGUCCCUCCAAACAGGAAAUCACAGUAAUGGGCCCACAGACCUCAGCAUGAAAGGCGGGGCCUCCACCACCUCCACCACGCCCACCCCCACGCCCUCCAGCAACAGCACCAGCAGGACCAUGCCCACCGCCCAGCUCAGCCCCACGGAGAUCAGUGCAGUGCGGCAGCUCAUCGCUGGCUACCGGGAGUCCGCCGCCUUCCUCCUGCGCUCCGCCGACGAACUAGAGAACCUCAUUUUACAGCAGAACUGACCGCACCCGGAGUGCACAGGCCCGCAGAGGAGGCCGCCUGGACCCGGCAUCCUGCCUCGCCAGUUGGUACACUUUGUUCUUGAGAGGUGGGAUCCCAAAAAGCUGUUUCUAGCCACACUCCAAGCACCUGAGACUUUGGGCACAAGGACACUUUUUUUGUUGUUUGGUUUUUGGGAAUCUCGCCACACGGGUGCUCUGCCCUGCUUGGAAGAGGCCACGGGCAGCUUUGGACAGGCUGGGCGCCUGACUCGGCGCUGGGCCGCAGCUCUGUCUAGGAUAACUUUUGUGGACCCUGAUGUUAGAAUCCUGCCCCAGAUAAUUUACCUUGCAAGUCUUAGGUGAGCAGAAUUGCAUAUUUAUUGAGAAAAGCAAAGUGGACCCUCUCUUCCUCUACCCUUAGUAAUUUAUUUUUCUGAAAACGGAUUCUUUUGUGUUUGUACAGAUUGCCAGUCUGUGUCUGUCUGAUCAGAAAGGUGUGUCCCUGUGACCUAACAUUCCAUAGCACUACACUGACGUGGGC